UCCAAUCCCAUCCAAUAGCCUCCGGCCUAUGAUGUAAUAGCUAUCAUCGUGACCUUCAGCUUUCUUUUUCCCCUUUGUCUGGACAUUGUAAAGGAGCUGCUAUCUAGGACUGCUAGGACUCGCCAGCCCUCGAGGCAUGGCCUCUGAUCCAUGUUUGAUCUUAGCCCGCCCUUACGUAGUUAUCUUCUCUCGCUUCCCUCAUCACCAUUGCCUAAAUAUCCUAUUUCUCCCCUCAUUUUCAUUCCCAUCCUGAUUCUAAAACAACUACACUAAACACUAAAUACUUUGCUAAACAUAACUAGUCAGACCCAUACAUAGCUGGUCUCUUGCCUCAGAUACAUACUCUCCCACAACAUCCAUACCUACUCUCGACGCACACGCAGGAAGCAUCAAAUCCCGCGCACCACAAUUCUACAACUUUCAUACUAAUUAUCGUCUACUACUCUCAACAUGUCAGCUCAAGUUUGUCCCGUCGUUGGCACCACCAACAGCACCUUGCCCCCUUCUCAUCCUGAUGUCGACCUAUCUCGACCUGGUCAGACCUGCCCUGUAGUGGGGGCCAAAACGGAGCACCAUGGAAACCUCCACAAACACCCUUCUGCGCCGAACAAUCCAACAACCCAAUUUACGGGUUCACCAGACGCCAAUGCCUGCCCUGCUCUGAAGAAUGUUGUCAACGAGGCGAAGAGCAAAGAAAUGGACGACGUGGUCUGCCCAGUAGCCGGACCCGUCACCGCUGUUCUCCCACCAGACCACCCCAGUACUCAAGGCAAGGCAGACGAUGCUGAAUGCCCCAUCACGAAAGCCAAGAUUGGCCAUCACAAGGACAAGGUAGUCGUUCAUCCCAGUAUGAGUAACGUCUCUGGCGUGUGCCCUGUCACUGGCGCAAAGCAGUCAUAACUGGAAAGAGGAUUGGCUACACUCCAAUAGUGAAGAGCACUAUUUGAAGAGAUUAGCAUAUAGCUUAUGAGGACUGGGAGCUAGGCAGCGCUCCAUUAUCCCAAGAUUACUUAUUCAUGAGUUACGCAUUCUGUUUAUGUACACUAAGUUAACGGAUUUUGCCUACGGUUUCAAAUAUCGUCAGUUCAUCACCUGACAUCUGUUCUAUUAUAUCAAAGCCCAUAGGAGUUGGAAUGUGCACAACAGUAAACUCAAGUAGCAGCUUUAUCAAGCAACAUUAUCCGUUUUGCUACCCUAAGUUGA